AUGACCCGUAGUUCACCACCGCCGCAGGAGAGGCAGGCGAAGCGACGCUCGAGAAGAGGCGGCAGUAUUUUCUAUCACCAGCACAUCACCAAUGAGAAGCGACGAGGAUGCAGCCGCGACGGCGGCUGUGGCACACCGGCACUUGGAGACGUUGGGCGUCAACAGGGCAGGAGCGGCUGUCAGAAGCAUCACCAGCGGCAAUUUCUCCCUCCCCGCACAUUUUUCGGAACGUUGCCAAAGUGCAGGAGGCUGGAAACGCCAGCAGCCGGGUUCAAACCCGCCAGAAGAUUUAAACCCUCAAACUACUUCUCGGGGUUGCGUGGCCAUCACUUGACGCACCAUCACCCAUGGGAAAAACUAGACGAAAUCCCCACAAAACAGGAGAUGAGAGACAAACCAUUACUGCCGCUGGCAAAAAUACGCUCAGCAUUGAAAUCAUCGCAGAAACAACCGGGGUGA